AUGAGACCACCACGUGGCGGCGGUAGCUUCAGAGGAAGAGGAGGAAGAGACGGUGGAGGAGGUGGACGUUUUGGUAGCGGCGGACGCAGAGGAGGUGGACGUUUUGGUAGUGGUGGCUGGCGUGACGAAGGACCUCCCAGCGAAGUCAUUGAAGUUGCAACCUUUCUACAUGCUUGUGAGGGUGAAGCUGUGACCAAGCUCUCUCAAGAGAAAGUCCCUCACUUUAAUGCACCAAUCUACCUAGAAAACAAGACUCAGAUUGGGAGAGUAGACGAGAUCUUUGGUCCCAUUAAUGAAUCUCUCUUUUCUGUAAAGAUGAUGGAAGGUAUUGUAGCUACAUCAUAUGCUGAAGGGGAUAAGUUCUACAUUGACCCUCUUAAGCUAAUGCCUCUAUCAAGAUUCCUUCCCCAACCAAAGGGACAAUCUAUGGGAGGUCGUGGGAGAGGCAGAGGUGCUCCAAGGGGCCGUGGAGGCCCCAGCUCCAGAGGUGGUCCGAGGGGGCGUGGAUUUUCCAACAGAGGUGCCCCCAGGGGUCGUGGAUUCUCUUCCAGAGGUGGUCCUAGGGGCCGAGGGAGAGGAUACUAA